AUGUCUUUUCGCGGCUAUGGUGGGAGCUACCGUGGCGGAAGAGGCGGAAGGGGUGGAAGGGGUGGUGGAUCCCACUGGCAGAGACCAGCAUACGAGGGGGAGGCGUUUGGCCAACCGGCCGAUUCCUCGUCUGCCUCACCGUACGCUGAGCUGAGUAAUUACUUUAAAUCAGUGGAAGGCAUGAAUUACGGGGAGCUGAAGUCCUUGACGAAUGCCUCCUUUGCCCUUUCAGAGACAGUGCAGUGCACGUUUUUGGCGAUUCAGUCCGACCCCUUUGCCCCUGGAAGCCAGGUGCGUGUGUCCUGCCCUUGCCCCUUUCGGCUGGAGAAGGUGCUGCAGAGCUCGGACUUGGAGUCCUGCGCGCCGUGUCGCCGUGUCGCGGCGGAGGACUACAUACUCCGUUGCUUUCACGAGGGCCACCGUCGCGGGGUUGCGAAGUACCGCAGCGGGGCGCUGCAAGUGAUGCGGCCCUCUCAACAUGUGCUGGAGCGGAGCACGGUGGCGCUUGUGCGCGGGGACCGAGGGAGCAAGGAGGUGGGGGUGCAUUUGUUUGCGCGGGUAAAGCUGCCUGGUCACGGUCGACGCAUUGACGGUCGUGGGGCUAUUAGCAUUAUUUACGAAGAGAUCCUUCCGAUCAUGGAGCGCUGCGUGGUGGGCCUUGACGAGGAGCUCCUCUACCAGCACGUUACCUGUGUGCAUGACCAGGAGCACCUUCGUGGUGAGUUGCGUGCUGCCGGAUGUGUGGCGUUUGUCGCUAACGGCUCCGUGCUACCUCGUGAGUCGGGUGAGUCGGACCGGCCACUUGCCAAGGGCGCGGUGCCGUUUGUCUCGCCGGCGUCGCUGGAGCGCAGCUUUCAGCUGCCGUACAGCGGGACCACCGUAACAGGCAUGGGUCUCCUGCAUGGACUAACGCUUGUCGCCGGUGGCGGGUUUCACGGUAAGUCAACGCUUCUGCGGGCCCUGGAGGUGGGGGUGUACAAUCACGUGCCGGACGACGGUAGAGUUUACGUCGUUGUAGACCCAACGGCAGUGAAGAUUCGCGCCGAGGAUCGACGCUCCAUCAACGGCGUCGACAUCUCGCCAUUUAUUAACAAUCUUCCCUUCCAGAAGACUACGACGUCGUUUGUGACCUCCGACGCUAGCGGCAGCACCAGUCAGGCCGCCAACAUCAUGGAGGCGCUGGAGUUGGGGUCUCGGCUACUGUUGCUGGACGAGGAUACCUGCGCUACCAACCUGAUGUACCGCGACGACUUGAUGCAGCAGCUUGUGCCACGUGAGCAGGAGCCCAUCACCCCCUUUGUGGAGCGUAUCACGGACCUUAUCCAGAACCAUGGGAUGUCCGCCGUCAUGGUGAUUGGGGGCUCGGGGCAGUACUUUCCGCACGCCACCGUAACGUUAGUCAUGAAUGCCUACAACGCACACGAUUGCACCGCGCGUGCGCAGGAAAUUGCAUCCAGUUGCAUGGCGCCUGUGCCACCGCUUGAGAAGGGUAGCUCCGCCUUUGUGUCGCCCAUGCAGCGCCGCUUUGAUGGGGACGGAACAUUCUGCACCGUGCAAUGCCGCAAAGGUCGUGACAGCAUAAAAGUUAGCGGCGUCGGUGUCGACAGCAUCCGCUUCGCCGAGGAAAACAUUGACCUAUCCUUGGUUGAACAAAUUGUGGAGGAGGGGCAAGUAAACGCCAUCGCCCAGUGCCUCGCCAUGCUGUACGACGGUGAGGCAGGCGGCGCCGAGGCCAUGCUUGCGAAGGGGAAAUCGUUACAAAUGCUUUACUCCCCCGGCGGCGGCGGCGAACCACGCAGCGUGCCAUUUUAUUCGGACUUCUCUGCGUUAAUUGAGGGUUGCGAUGCCACACUGCGCGAGGCGCGGCUGGAGGUGCGAACACCAUCGUGUUACUUGCCACGCGGCUUUACCUCCGCGGCGCGGCGGUUUGAAAUUGGAGCGGCACUCAACCGACUCCGCACGCUGCGGACCCUCACGACAAGCAUGAAGUAA